AUGACAAGCACACAGUUUUCCUCUCCAAAUGGUGUUGAUUCAACAACAGGCUCUUCAGAAGGUUCUGAAUCACGAUCCUCAUCUAUUGAUUCGGACACACAACAUGGUGGAGGGGAUCAGUCUUCUGAUUUUGAAGGACCAUCUAGUACUGGAGAGACGAAGCUCACACCAGAGAUGAUAGAGAUGACUGCAUACUUUUGUGUGAAAAGUGUGCUCAAGAGCUUACUGACAGAGCACAAGAAUGCCAAAUUUGUGAAAGUGGAUGAAGAGCCAAACCCGAACUACUUUGGGUUGCGAUACCUAAUUCCAGCAUACCUGAAUGCUGUUUGGGAGCUGAUAAGAAGUUUGGCUAUGGGGUACGUAAAAGGGCCGGAAUAUAAGGAGUGCUGGGAAUCCAUUCUGUUCAGGAUAGUAGGACUGGCACUCCCUGGUAUUUCUGCACACAGUCCCAUGGAUUACGUCAACUCUGUAAGGCUUGGAAGGGGUAGAACUAUUCGUAUGUCCUCCUUAUAA